CGUGCGUCAAGCCAAUUUUGAGUUGAUGGAAUCGAUGUUUUUGUUGGGUUGUUCCCGCUUACUUCCAUGUGAAAAAAAUACCUAAUUUUAAGUUUUUUCCACCCAACCGAAAUUUUGACUAGGUUGUAUUCACUCAAAUUUGAGUACUGUGCUAGAAACUCAAUUUUGGCUUGACGCACGGAACUGCAAAAGUUGGGCUGUUUCUCUCUUCACUCUCUGACAACAACAGAAAGAGCGCAUGAAAAGGGAGAUGAAAAAGAACUCAAAAUUGAGUUUAAAAGUACCUAAUUUUGAGUUUUUCUGUUUCUCCGUGUACGAUAUGGACCAGUAGGUCUGUGCCAAAAAGGGAGAAGCGCGACGUAAAAUUCAAGAAAUUUUAAAUCCUUGUUUGUUUUUCGCCUUUUUCGAUAAUUUGAAGAUUUUAUAUUUAGUGGAAUGCGUCGUAGUUGUGCGGUAUUUUCCUGUGCAAAUAGGGACUCCAACAAAAAUGACAACGUAUCCAUGUACAGAUUUCCUGCCGAUCCUGCCUUGUGUGAAAAAUGGGUUGAAUUUUGCAGAUCAGACCAGAUCAACGAAAUGCUGGUCCUGCAGGGCGUUGCUAAACUGCGAAGUUCCUCGUUUUGUGUCUGUUCGGAUCACUUUGCGAAGCCGUGUUUCGUGAGUCCCAGGAACAAUGCACAGGGCAUUUACAAAGGAAGUGUCCCAACCAUCAUCGCCGGGCAUCCGAUGUUGGUGUCAAGCUUCAAAAAGGCCAAUCAGAUACCGGAGUACAGUGAUCUGGUCCCCGAAGAGUCCGAACAGUGUGAAGAAGAUCACAUGACCGUAGAAGUGCUCCAGGAAGAACUAGAUGAAGCUGUAGAACCACCCGAUGCUGAGCCAGCAAACGUGCAACCAACCCAACCACCUGCGUGUGAUGCCAAUCAAUCAAGUUUGCCCACUGCGGCAGUCAGCGGGAUCAUCCACCCGAGUGUAUUUGACUGCCAGUGCGAAGUGAAAAGUGAAUUUGAACCUAAAUUCUACGCAGAGCGAUCACGGGCCGUAGGUUUAGUGGAGGAAUUGGAUGAUACCAAAAAGAAGAUAGUGAAACUUAGGAAACCGUACCGACAGAAGCAAAGAGCACUCCAUAUAGUAAACGACAGUAUCAAAAGGGCGAAAGAUAAAUUACGAAGGCUAGCGAAGGAACACCACAUAACGGUGGAUUUGGUCUCAAGUGAUGAAGAAGAACAAAAUUUUGUGUUUUAACGUGUUAUUACUUGGUAUGUUUAAGUUGCUAUUAAAAUAACCAUCACUUA